GAGUGAGAAAGAGUAUAAAAUAAAAAGACAAAGAAAAAUAAUUAGACAAAAGUUUUCUCUUUGAGUUAAGCUAAAAAGGAAUAAAGAGAAAGGCGUAAGAAAAAAAAAGAGUGCAAGAGAGAGAGAGAGUGAGAGAAAGAGAAAGAGAGAGAGAGAGAGAGAGAGAGAGAGAGAUAAAGAGAAAGAAUACGGAACUCCAAUGUAUUACGGUUCUCGUUUCGUCGAAGACAGUAAAAAAUGUCGUUGCCACGGGAAUGGAGUUUCCAGGAUUCGUGUAGAUCGGUCGACCGUGCGACGACGACGGUCGGGGGUAGUUGCGGUACAGGAGGAGAAGGAGCAGCGUCACAGGAGAUGGUCAGUACGGCCGUCAUCGACGAAAAUAUGAAUCAACAGAAUCAGCUGGGCUCCUUACUCUCGAUUCAUUCCGCUCCCGUAUUUGAUUUAAGUAAUGGCGUGCCAUCCCCUAAAAGGCCGGCCUCGUUGAUGGUACAAGCCACUGCUACCUCGACACCGGUCGUGCCACCUCAUUUACAAAGUCCACCGGAUACCAUCGAGGACGAGGAUAAUGAAAAUCUUUUAACUAUAUCGAGUUUAACGGCUAGACCGUUGAUAGCGAAAUCGCGUGAAUUACGUUCUUCUAAAACAACAAAUUCGAAAAUAGCGCCGAGCAAGAAAAAGAAGAAACCUAAAAGAAGAGAUACCAGGAAACCAAGAAAUCGUACUUAUGUACCGUUGGAUGGUGGAUAUGGUUGGGUCAUUGUAUUUGGUGCCUUUUUCGUCCAAUUUUGGGUCGCUGGCCUGGUCAAAUCCUAUGGCGUCCUCUAUGUUGAAAUCAUGGAAACGUUUAAGGACUCAUCAGCAUCGGUUGCAUCUUGGAUACCAGCUAUACUUUCUUGCCUUUGUCUCGCCUUGGCGCCUGUAACGAGCAUGCUAUGUCAAAAGUAUAGCUGCCGAACUGUUGUCUUCAUCGGUGGAUUGUUCUGUGCUUUAGGACUUACGACUAGUUAUUUCGCCACCAGCUUGAUACAUCUCUUUUUUACAUUUGGUAUCUUGACUGGCAUCGGUGGUGGAUUAUCGACGACACCAGGCAUCAUAAUCGUUUCUCAAUACUUUGAUAAACAUCGUGCCCUGGCAAACGGCAUAUGCGUAUCUGGCACGGCCGCUGGUAGCUUUGUAUUUCCACUUUUAAUCGAGACACUGGUAAAGAAUUUUGGUUUUCACGGUACGAUAUUAUUAUUGGGUGGAUGUAUGCUUCACGUAUGCGUCAGUGCAACAUUGUACAGACCACUCGAGAAUAAUUAUCUUCCGGAUGUUGAAACUAAUGACGAUGGAUUAAAGUCCGGUGAGAAAAAGAACGAAAGCAAUGGUAGACAGGAGGCUACAAAACAACAGAAACUCGAUCUUCUGUUUGAAUCAGUCAAUGAUCCAACGACUCGUCAUAAUCUUCUUAACGAAUUGUUCCAUCAGAAUAGCGUGAUAGCCGUCGAAUUAACAGACAGUGAUGAAGAAAAGGACGUUAUGGGGGAAGGUCUGAUGAUGAAACCAAUCUCAAAGAUACGAAGCUCAAGUAUAUUGCAUAGCGUCGAAGAUUUAUCGACCGAUUCGACGUGCGUUUACAAAGCUAGAUCAUCUUUGAGAUCUCUUAGAUCUUCCACGACAGUCGUAUGUCCUGUACCGAUACCUCCUAACGAUGUUAUGGCUACCACAACGGAGGAACCCAAAACGAUAAUGCAAAAAGUUGCACGUUACAUCGAUCUUUCAUUAUUGAAAAAUCCACAAUUUAUUAUGAUGUGCUUCUCGGUCAGUCUAAUGUCGACCGGAAGUCCAUACAUGUUAUAUUAUUUGCCAGCUUACGUUCACGCAGCUGGAUAUUCGAAAGCAGAAGCUGGCUAUCUAGUUGCCAUCUCGGCUGCUCUCGAUUUAUGUGGUAGACUUGGAUUAGGUUGGUUAUCUGAUUUGCAACUUUUUGAUCGACGAAAAGGAUACAUUGGAAGCGUCGUCGGGGCCGGUGUUGCAGUCUUAACAAUUCCAAUGGCACAUUCUUUUUAUGUCUUGGCAUGUUCCGUUGGAAUGUACGGAUUGUGCUUGGGGUGUUGGUUUCUCUUAGUUCCCGUCCUUCUUGCUGACCAAUAUGGAACUGAUAAAAUAUCUUCAACUUAUGGAUUGGUCAGAAUGUUUCAAAGCGUUGGAGCAAUUUCUAUUCCACCUCUUGCAGGUUAUUUACGUGAUGUAACUGGAAGUUACACCGUAUGUUUCCUGUGCAUGGGUACAUGUAUGGUAAUGGGAGGUUUGCCUCUUCUAUUGGUAUUUAAUGAAGUAUCAAAACCAACGAAGCUGCCCGUUAAUAAUACUGAAAAUAACAAUUGUCAAGGAGAUCCAAAUGUGAAAGAAUAAAAUAUUUUGCAAGAGUGUGAUAUUCUUUGGAGGAGAGAGAGAGAGAGAGAGAGAGAGAG